AUGUUUUCCUCUGCAACCCCUUACAAGAACCAGCACUACUCUGAUCUGAAGAAGGAUUGUCUCAGGAGUAAGAAACUGUUUGAGGAUCCCGAGUUCCCUUGCACAGAUGCGUCGCUUUAUUUUCGGAGACCGCCACCUGGUCGGGUGCAAUGGAAACGUCCAGGGGAGAUCAGCAAUGACCCUCACCUGUUUGUGGAAGGUGUCAGUUCCCAUGAUUUAAACCAGGGAUCUGUGGGGAACUGCUGGUUUGUAGCUGCCUGCUCAUGUCUGGCGCUGAAGCCAAACCUCUGGAAGAAGGUAAUUCCGGACUGGAAGGAGCAGGAGUGGAACUCUAAACAUCCAGAGGACUACGCCGGAAUCUUCCACUUCCAGUUUUGGAUAUUUGGAGAAUGGGUAGAUGUGGUUGUGGAUGACCGACUUCCUACCAUCAAUGGAGAGCUCAUUUACUGUCACUCCAAAGACAACAAUGAAUAUUGGAGCGCUCUGCUAGAGAAAGCUUAUGCAAAGCUCUCUGGCUGCUACGAGUCAUUGGAAGGGGGCAACACUGGAGACGCUGUGGUGGAUUUCAGUGGAGCUGUGGCAGAGGCCAUUAACCUUGAAGCGGAGGCUUACUAUAAGGACCAGGAGAAGCUCGACCAUCUGUUUGCGGAUCUACUCAAGGUGUACGACCGUGGUGGGAUCAUAAGUUGCUCCAUUAAGGCACAACCACACGAAAUCGAGCUGAAAAUGGGCAAUGGGUUGGUGAAAGGACACGCUUACUCGGUGACGGCGGUGAACAGGGUGCGUCUUGGUCACGGUCUGAUAGCCUACUUCAAAAAUGAAACCAUUCCGAUGAUCCGCAUGAGGAAUCCUUGGGGCAAAACUGAGUGGAACGGACCUUGGAGCGACAGCUCUGAAGAAUGGUCAAAGGUUGGUGACACUGAGAGGGGCAACCUUGGCAUCACGGUGGAGGACGAUGGAGAAUUCUGGAUGUCAUUCACCGACUGGUGCAAGCACUUUACAGAUGCCGACGUGUGUCGUUUAAUCAAUACGUCCGUGAUCAGCAUCCAUAAGACCUGGCAUGAAGUGGUUCACUUCGGGAGCUGGACCAAGCAAGCCGAGCCUCUCUUAAAUCGCUGCGGCGGCUGUGCUAACCAUAAAUCCACCUUCCUGCAGAACCCGCAGUACAUAUUUGAUGUCACAAAGGAGUCCGAUGAGGUUCUCAUCUCCUUGCAGCAAAGAGAUAUGAAGAUCCACAGGAAAUUUGGUCAAGGGGAAAAUCUAACAAUCGGCUUCAGUGUCUUCAAGGUAGAACUCAACAGAAAAUACAGGCUGCACGACAUCCUGACCCAGAAGUGCGUGGCAACGUCGACCUACAUCAACGCCCGCACUGUUUUCAUGAGGUGCACGCUGCAGCAAGGCCGCUACAUUCUUCUCCCCACCACCUUCAAGCCCCUCAUUCUGGGCGACUACAUGGUCCGACUCUUCACUGACUUGGACUCAAACUGCAGGGAGCUGAGCGAGGAUAAGCCUAAAGUGAGGUGCUGGAGUUCCUUCCUGGGGUACCCGCAGGUCGUGACCCAUAUUUACAUCCAUGCUGCUGAGGGGCUACAGAAUCAGGAUAGUACAGGAGGUGCGGACCCUUAUGUGAUCAUAAGCAGUGAGGGCCACUCGGUCAAAUCUCCAAUCCAGAAGGACACUUUAACACCAGAGUUUGAAACAAGCGGUGUUUUCUACAGGAAGAAGCCAAGAAAACCGCUAACGGUGCAGAUUUGGAACAGUAAUGCAGUACAGGACCAGUUUAUGGGCCAAGUGGUGCUGUCUGGUUCUCCCAAGGACACCACUGAUCCUCAGAGGCUUCGGCUGAGAAAGCAAGGCCGCAACAUGGCCGACGAGAUGCCCGGCAGCAUCAGCCUGAGAAUUGUCACUUCAACUCAGCUCACCGCCAUUUGA